AACUUAGUUUCCUUUGAUUAUGUCCCCUCCAAUGCUAUACGGUUCGGUUCCACCCAAAACACAACAUUUCUGCCACAACUGUGCUUGUUGAUUUGAUCAUGCGCUUCCUUAACUUGUGAAAAAAAAGGAGUCUUCUGAGUCUUUUUAAUUCCUUUCUUCAACCAAGUGAGUGGCUUUGUUUGGGAAAGGUUUAAAAAAAAGAGAGUUGAAUGAGGAAGUCUCCUGAUUGGUUAUAUGCAGAUCAUGCAACAUGUGGCUCACCCGCAUGGAUUGGUAAAGGACUCACCUGUGUUUGCUUCAAGCGCAAGGGAAAUUGUCAAAGAAUCUGCAUUAGUUUGACCCCUUUACAGGAGGAAAGACUGAGAAGACUUAAGCGUCGAAUGAAGAUUUUCUUUGAUGCUUCUAAGCUUGAUCACCAGGAAGCUUUGAGAGCUCUGUGGUCUGCUUCAUUCCCUGGUCAGGAGCUCCAAAGCUUGAUUUCUGAUCAAUGGAAAGAGAUGGGAUGGCAGGGAAGAGAUCCAUCUACUGAUUUCAGAGGAGCUGGUUUCAUUUCGUUGGAGAAUCUUCUAUUCUUUGCAAAGACAUUCUCUACUUCGUUUCAGCGCCUAUUGAAGAAGCAAGGAGGAAAGGGUGCUGUUUGGGAGUACCCCUUUGCUGUUGCUGGCAUAAAUAUCACAUUUAUGAUCAUGCAAAUGCUGGACCUUGAUGCCACCAAACCCAGGACUUUUGUAAGAGCUGUUUUUCUACAGAUGCUUUCAGAAAAUGAGUGGGCAUUUGACUUGCUUUAUUGCGUGGCAUUCGUGGUUAUGGACAAUCAGUGGCUGGAGAGGAAUGCUACAUAUAUGGAAUUCAAUGAUGUUUUGAAAUCCACACGACUUCAGCUAGAGAAAGAAUUGUUGAUGGAUGAUGUUCUAAGAAUUGAAGACAUGCCUUCUUUCAAUCUUCUUUGUUGAAACGUGACCAAAGCUUUGUGUACAGUUCGCUCUCCUGCUUAUUGAGUCCAUAGCUUUAAUUUGUCACUAGUGACUAUUAAGUAGCUUAUCUGUAAUUUAUAUUCAUCAUUCCUUACACGAUAGCUAUUUAAACCAUCUCCUUGAUGACUAGUGCUAAGGAAAUUUCCACUUUACAUCCACGAGAUUCUCGUUUGGAAAAUUUUGACUAAUUAGUAAUUGGAAGUCUUGAUUAUGUGGAUCUACUAAUUGAAUCAAUUGUUACACGAGUUCAUUGUCC